GACCCUCCUCACUUCCAAGGGCGCCCAGGUCACCGACCGCAAGAUGCAGAAAGACGAUCACAGCGCCGAAGAGGAGGGCUCGGUGUCCAGCGAGGCAGACAGCCGCGUGCGCUUUACGAUCUCCGGGGUGGACGUGCGGCCAUUCCUCCCAAAAGUGCUCCCGACUUCCACAGUCCUUGGAGCUCUCUGCAUGCUGUGGGUGCAGCUGCCAGCACUUCACAUUUACGCUCCGGCGCGGGCUUGCUUCGGCACAGUGUUCCUCGGGACGAUGUGGUGCAUGGCGUACUGCGCAUACGCAGACCCAGGGCAGAUGCAGGAGACUGUCGAUGUGGAGCAGGGCAUGCCUAAGCGCGCCCACAAGUCAUGGCUCUAUCCGCUGCCGAUUCUGCGCCAUGACCACUAUUGCAAAUGGAUCAACAAUGUCAUCGGCCUUCGAAAUCAUCGCUCCUUCGUGGUCAUGCUGUUUGGCUUGGCUGCGCUGGGAGUGGUGGGAUGCACUGUGGAUGCUUGGCUGAUGGUGGCCCUUCUAGUCCAGGAGGGCAUCUACGUGACGCCCCUGCAGUUUCUCUUCCUGUUCUUCCAUCUUCUCUACAGCCUCACUCUGCUCUACCUUGAUGGGCCGAUCAUUCGCAUCCACUGGGGCCUCAUCUGCAGGAAUGAGUUGAAUCAAGAAUGGAAAGAAGAUGAAUUCUGGGUGGCCCCCGGAGAAAGCCGCACGCCAGCAAAGGAACUCGACGUGGAAGAGUACAAUGCUUUGCUGGACAGCGACGCGCUGGUAUACGAUGCCAGGAGGAAUCAUUUCGACAAGGGCGUGGCCAGAAACUGCUGGGCGUUUUGGUUUACGGGACGCUCCGGCUCUCUGGGCGAGUGGUGA